AUGCCUUUCGAUAUCACCAAAGCGCAGCUGGACUACGAAGUCGGCAAGGAAGGUUACGCGGCCUGCAAUCCCUUUGAGGUGGGCUUUAUGAGGCUCUUCUGCGACAUCCACUGCGUUCGAGAUGCUGUGAUCCGUGGCGACCGCACAAUUCUGAGGAACCUCGAGCAGGCAACGAAGAUCUCCAACGACAACAUGAGGAAGAUGGUGGAGUGGUCCACUGAGGCGACAAGGACCGAGACGGAGUACUUGGACAAGAAGAUCGACCACUCCCUCAAGAUCCAAACCAUCUAUCUUCACCACAUCGCCAAGAACACCCAGCCGCCGGAAGAGGAUCUCUACCAGAAUGCAGUGACGGCCACAGGCUCCAUGCUGCGGGAGCUAAAGGGCUUCGCGGAGACCUCCUCCUUCGGCAUCGCGCGCGUGACGGCUCGGGAUGCCUUGUCAAGGUUCCUUGCCACUGCUCAGCCUCUUGUGGAUGGCAACGUCACGAUGCGGAGUGAUCAGGUGCAGAAGUUCCAGAACGAGAUGUCCGCACUCUACCAGACGAUGCGUUCGUCAGCUGGUGGGCUGACCAAGGCGCAGGUGGUGGGACGGCAGAUUGCCGGCGAGGCGCAGCAACUCCAAGCGCGGCUGCAUCGUCAAGCGCAGGUUCUGGGAAUGUACCGAGCACACAGCCGAGCUGCCCACAAGGCAGCCAAGUCGUGGAAGCGGUCGAAGGCUGAAAGUUCGUUGGUGAUCAUGGAUAAGCUGUGGUGGCGCAUGCGCGAUGAGCUGGAUCGCUAUCUCGACGUGGCUGGAGAGGAGAUGAGUCAGAUGGAGGAAUCCUUCUCUGCGCUGACCAAGUAUGACAAGUGCAAAGCAGGCACCUUGGAUUUGCUGCAGUCCUACUCCGCUGGUAUGAAGUCCAUGCGUCGAAGCCACAGUCAGCUGCGGAAUGCGUGGCGGGAGACAUCCAAUUCGAUGGGCGAGUUGGCGGCUGUAAUCAGCGACGGCGGCAUCUUCGAGAAGCUCAUGGCGGCCGAGGGAUGCCAGUCGCCGUUGGCUGCGCGCCGCGGCUGA